GAGAGGAUUAGUCGGGGAAAUUAAACAACAACAACGGUGCCAUAAGGAAAAUGCCUACUCUUUCUGUUGCUAAAGAUUUCUUAUUUAGCCUUAUUGGCAAGACUUACACCGAUGAGCAAUUCGAAGAUAUUUGCUUUCAGUUCGGCGUCGAGCUUGAUGACAUCACCACCGAAAAGGAAAUGCAUCUUCGUGAGCACUGCAAAUUGCCGAGCGCCGCGGGUGGCGAAAUAGAGCUUUCCGAAGACAUUAUUUACAAAAUCGAUACGCCUGCUAAUCGAUAUGAUUUGCUCAGCGCGGAAGGGAUGUCUACGGCUCUAAGAGUGUUUCUUGGGUUCAUGCCAACUCCCCGCUAUCAAGUCCUUAAUUGUAGGAAUCCACUUUAUCAUAUGACGGUCGAAAAGAGCAUUAAACACGUUCGGGAUUAUGUCGUCUGCGCAGUGCUAAAAAAUAUCCACUUUAAUGAGCAAAGUUAUGCCGGUUUUAUAGAUUUUCAGGAGAAACUCCAUCAAGGUUUGGCAAGACGCCGGACCUUGGCCUCAGUCGGGACGCAUGAUUUGGAUAAAAUCCCGACGAACCGGUUUCUUUAUUCUGCGCGCACGCGAAAGGAUAUUCGUUUCAUACCACUUCGCCAAACGAAAGAGCUGGAUUGCACAGGGGAUGGAUUGAUAAAUUAUUACGCAGAGGAUCGCCAUAUCCGAAAGUACGUUCCCCUCAUCUCGGAGAUGCCCAAAUAUCCUGUUAUUAUGGAUGGAGAGGGCAAACGCGUGUUAUCGCUGCCGCCGGUGAUUAAUUCUGACUUUUCGCACAUGACGGCGAAUACGAAAAAUGUCUUUAUUGAGUGCACCGCGCCUGAUCAUUACAAAGCUCAGGUAUUGGUCAAUCAACUGGUUUGCGCGUUUUCGAUCUAUUGUGAGAAAAGUUUCACAAUUGAGGCAGUGGCAGUGGAUUAUGAGGACGAGGCUCCUGAUGGAACGAAACGUGAAAUUUGCCCAGUCCUUGAAACCACGAAACUCACUGUGGAUAUCGACAAACUGAACAAAAUUAUUGGCAUUAACAUGAAAUCCUCCGAUGAGUGUGCGGUUCACCUUCGGAAGAUGAUGUACGACGUCAAAAAAAAAGAUGAAAAGACCCUGGAGGUAGAGACCUCCCCUGUUCGCACCGAUGUCUUAGGCGUAUCGGAUGUUUUAGAAGAUGUGGCGAUUGCCUACGGCUAUGACAAUAUCACCUAUCAAGAAUGCUAUACAAACGGUGAUGUUUCGCAGACCGCCGUGAGCAAGUUUGGGCAUCUUCUUCGCGUUGAAAUGGCAAAUGCGGGGUAUUUGGAGCUUCUGACCUUUUCUUUGUGUUCUCGGGAUGAGUCUUUUGCCUAUUUAAACCGCCAAGACGACGAAAUCGCCGUGCAGAUCGCCAACCCGCAGACGGUGGAAUUUCAGGUCUGCCGCCCCUCUCUCCUACCAGGUCUUCUCAAAACAAUGGGAUCGAAUAAAUCGCAGCCGCUUCCACAGCGGUAUUUCGAAUGCGCGGAUGUGGUUUUACUCGACAACGCGAAGAACUUUCCGCCCGUGUUGGAAACGGGGGAUAACUACCCCAGUCCGGGCGCGCGGAACCAACGACAUCUUGCCGCCAUCCACUGCGCGAGCUCCGGGAGCAGCUUUGAGAAUAUUCAUUCGCUCACCGAGCACGUUUUUGUGAAGCUUGGGAUCCCUAAAAAAGGAAAUGAGGUGGAAGGUUGGGAAGGGGAUGUGUACAGCCUUGAAAAGGGUGAGGAUGGGGCCUUUUUCCCUGGUCGCUGCAUGGAUAUCUUCCUCCAUCGCCGUGGCGAAAAGGUGAAGAUCGGUGGCCUCGGCGUCAUUCACCCUAACACUCUGAAGGCUUAUGACAUCAUCGUCCCGUGCUCGUAUGUGGAGAUUAAUAUUCAGUUUCUCUGCACGAAUUUAUAA